AAAAAAAAAAAGCCUUUGGAGAAAAACUGGAAUACUGGAUUAAUGGAUGAUUGAUUCAACUGAAAACCCUAGCUAAACCUCCAUAACCAAACCACAACCAGUAGCUCAAACCUAGUCCACCAUGAACACUUCGUCUCCAAACCUGCUAGAGGAAGCCCUCGCCGCCGGCGACACUGUUUCCGGUCCUAAAAGGCGCGGUCGAGUGGUGGUGAUUGAGGACUGCGUGGAGACCAGCGGCGGAUUCCUGCUCCACCAUUUCAUCAAGCGCUCUCUCUCUUCCCAAUCCUCCGACGUCGUCGUCUUCCUUGCUUUCGCGCAGCCUUUUUCUCACUACGAUCGCAUCCUCCGCAAAAUGGGUUGCAACUUAGCUGUGCAUAGAGACAAUCAAAGAUUCUUGUUUCUGGACAUGCUCAUGAUGGAAUUUCCAGAUGGAGGGGAAACUAUAGAAAAUGGACUGCUUGCUUUGUAUGGAAAACUUCAAAAAACAGUGGAGGCUUCUUUUGUGUCGGAGGGCUUGAGAAACAUAACAGUGAUGAUUGAUGAUGUAUCCCAGAUUGAAGUGGCUGCCAAUGGGUCAUCGAGCCACGUUUUAGAUUUUCUGCAUUAUUGCUACACUUUGACAACGGAAUUUGGUUGUUCACUUGUGACCCUUAAUCACGAGGACAUCUAUUUGAGCAUGGAUAAGCCAGGAAUGAUUUUGCAAAUGGAAUACCUUGCAGAUGUGGUGAUAAAGACGGAACCUUUGAGCACUGGGUUAGCAACUGAUGUGCAUGGACAGUUGACUGUUAUCAAUAGGGGAGUUGGUUACGGCUCAGGAAGCUCUGGGACCAAGGCCCGUAAUUUCCAUUACCAAAUCAAGGAAAGUAACGUGGAGUACUUCUAUCCAGGGAGUCGGAAUUGAAGAGAUGCAAAUUUUGGCAAUUGAGUUUGAGAAAGUAAUGUGUUGUUUUGUACACUGCAGACUGCAGUGAAAACAUCUUUUUCUUAUUGGAGAUGUUCAAUGUCAAAACAGUAUUUCUCCAUUACAAUUAUUAGUGCGCUAACUAGGACCGAUAGGAGUGAUUGAGUGGUAUCAUAUUACAAUAUAAAGAAUGUUAUGAAUUUGAUUAUUGUUAAUACUUUUUCA